GGCAUGUGCAACAUGACGGCAGAGUCCCAGCACUCGCCAGCCGAGGCGGCCAGUCCAGUGGUGGUGUCUCCCAACGUGAGCCUGGACUCCCCGAUUCCUCUUCCUCAACCAGCGCUGAACCACCAAGCCCGAACCAAGGACGAUGUUCUGAUCAAAGCCGAGCCUCGGGGCAGCAGUCCAAAUACAGACAGGGAGGAAGGGGUUUCAUUGGGUCAAACAGAAGAACAUCUGCCCGCCACUGGCAGCCGGCGGAGGAAAAGGCCAGUGCAGCGAGGUAAACCUCCCUACAGUUACAUCGCGCUUAUAGCAAUGGCCAUCGCCAAUUCACCUGAGAGAAAACUCACUCUAGGCGGCAUCUAUAAGUUCAUCAUGGAACGCUUUCCCUUUUACCGCGAGAAUUCCAAGAAGUGGCAAAAUUCCAUACGGCAUAACCUCACCCUCAACGACUGUUUUGUGAAGAUCCCGCGGGAGCCCGGUAGGCCCGGUAAAGGAAACUACUGGACGCUUGACCCCGCCGCUGAGGACAUGUUCGACAACGGGAGUUUCUUGCGCCGGAGGAAGCGUUUCAAGCGGACUGAUGUUAGCACAUAUCCUGGGUACAUGCAAAGCUCGAGCGCUUUUACGCCCACACCUAUGGGUCGACAGGCGUACCCCAACACCUUGUACCCGGGUGUAACGUCUGGCUACGGGACUCAGUUGGCUGGUUCCCCGCACCCGGCGAUGCUGCAUCACUAUCAGGCAUCGGCCGGGGUCACGCAGGGUCAGCCCAGGAUGUUCAGCAUCGAUAACAUUAUUAGUCAGCAGACAGUGAUGCAGAGUGGAGGAGAUCUCAGCCCACAGUGUCUCUGCCUGGGUGCUGGAGACGUGGGUGCCAUGACCUCCAGCUGUUCCGUAUCCACCUCUGACCCAACCUGCUUUCAGACACAACCGAUAAAUCCCACGAGCAACAUGCUGAACAGGAUCACUGGACCUCUUGCUUCAAACAUGACAACCAGCUACACGUACCCCUCCUCGGCUUCGCCUACUAACCUGUCCGGGGUCACGCAGUCCAGCUUCUCACCGGGAGGUUCACAGGUGUACUGUUCGGGAAACAGGAUUUCGCUGGCCCCUGUGCGUUCUGGGUUGUGCGCAGAUCAUACAGAACCACUUUUAGGUCUCUCCGGGCCAACAAUGAACUCCUACAAUAAUUCAUAUAUGAGACAAGCCAAUUUUGCCUCAGGACUGGAGCGAUACAUGUAAAAACUCCUGCACUGACAACGUGAUCCACUGCUUAACUAUGGCCAUGAGAUUGAGUUCUUCUUUGAUUAUGUAACAAAAGUUGUGUACCGUGUGACAGAAUUAACAAGUAAUUUCUGUUGUAUAAAAUGAAUUACAGUUCUGUUAUUGAUAUGAGGUCUGAAACAUUUGUUUGGCUAUAUAUCAGAGGACCAACAACCCCC